AUGCUUUUCCCCGAAGAGGACGCGGCGCAGCUAAAGACAUGGAUAGUCAAGCGCAUCGAGAACACUUCCGAUGCCGACUCCGACGUGCUAGCAGAUUACGUCAUUGCUUUGUUAAAGCAUGAUGGCGACGAAGCCGCUAUUCGCAAGCUUUGCGAGAAAGAAAUUCCAGACUUCUUGACCGAAGACUCGAAAGCCUUCCUAGACGAUGUGUUCCAGGCACUCACUUAUAAAUCUUACAUGCCUGGUGCACCCCCGGUGCCAAAUCCAACUCCCAAAAACAUCCCCAAGCCUUUAGCGAAUCUGCCCCCCAAACCAUCGAACUCGAGAAAACGCGGCUUCGAAGAGAGCCAGGAUGUCAACGACCAGAACGGCUAUACGCAACGCGGCGAGCGAGCACAUAAACAGCCUCGAAGAGGUGGGCGGCGAAAUGAGUCGUUUGGUGCAUACAUGCAACGUAUGGAUACGAUGAACGUGCCGCCUUUUGAUACAACUACCAAUCCAAUGGAAGUCUUCAUGAGAAUGCAGGCUAUCGGAAUGCCGUUCCCGGGCAUGCCAGACUAUAGUGGGCAAGCACUAGGGAGCAGACAACACAAGCGCGGAAGGUGCAGAGAUUUUGACAGUAAAGGUUUUUGCUCGCGCGGAAGCACCUGUGUAUAUGAUCACGGUCAAGAACCUGAUGCAGCUGGAGACUACAGUAUGGGCGGUGGGUUUAUGGAUAUGGCACAGAUCAUGUCCCAUGGGCCACAAUUUCUGGUAGAUGCACCUCGUGGCGGACGAGGUGGCCGAGGUGGGAAGAGGACCCGAGGAGGCAAAGGCCCCAAGGGUACGAGGUCAACUUUUUCUGCCGAUGGACCUAUCAACGAUCGGUCGAAAUCAACAAUUGUGGUUGAAAAUAUUCCGGAGGAAAAUCUUUCCGACGAUCAGGUCCGCAACUUCUUUGCGCAGUUUGGCAAUAUCCAAGAGGUGUCAAUGCAACCGUACAAGCAUCUUGCCGUCAUCAAAUAUGAUAACUGGGAUGAAGCAAGCGCCGCUUACAAUUCUCCAAAAGUCAUAUUUGAUAAUCGAUUCGUCAAAGUAUUCUGGCACAAGGAAGAAUUGGACAGAGCAAGCCAACGUGGCUCGAGGUCUGGCGCCAGAGGGGCACGAGAAGGCUCCAACGGAGGCGACAUUGGUCAGACAGAAGAGCUGGACUCGGAAGAGUUCCAAAGGAGGCAAGAAGAAGCCCAGAAGUCAUACGAAGAGAGGGAAAGCAAACGCUCCGAGCUAGAAUUAAAGCGUCAAGACCUCGAGAAACAGCAACAGGAGCUACUAGCGAAGCAUCGUGCCGAGACGGAAAGGUUGCAAGCGAAACUGUUAGCCAAGUCUGGCCGCGGAGAUAAUGGCGUCACAUCCGAUGAGAACGGCGCUUCGACUGGCUCAACAGAUAUGCUGCGAGCGAAGCUGGCGCUGCUGGAGCAAGAGGCCAAGAUUCUGGGCAUUGAGCCAGAAGUUUCCAACGUUGAAGACAGUGGCAGCAUAGGAGGCUUCCGUGGCGGCUACAGAGGGAGAGGCAAUCGUGGCCGGGGUACCUAUGCCAGGGGCGGAUAUGCACCACGCGGACGAGGGUCCCUCAGAGGAAACGGCGCGCGGCAUGCUGCCUAUGCGCAAUUCUCAAUAGAUAACAGACCCAAGAAAGUCGCCAUUGCUGGUGCUGAUUUCGCGACGACGGAGAAGAAUGAAGCAUUGCGUCAUUUUCUGAUUAGCAAUGGUGAAUUCGAAUCUGUUGAAAGCGGCGUUGAGAAGACGACGGUGUCGUUCCCCGAUCGCAAGACUGCAGAGAAGUUUUAUUUUUCCCUACAGGGCAAGGAGCUUCCCGGGGUUUCGGGCAACUUGGAGCUGUCUUGGGUCAACACGCCACUCCCACCUGUAGCAGCUGGUGGUUCAUCUUCAUUCUCAGUCGGUCCGUCGGCCACUGGCAAGGCCGCGGGCGAGAGCGAGGCCGUCGGGGGAGACUUUGGCAACAUGGGAGAUGGAGUGGAAGAAUACACAGGGGCGUCGGCGGCAAAACAAGACGAGCCGAAGCGAGAGGUAAAUAUGGACUACGAAAUGCCAGACGAGGAGGCCUGGUAG